GCUAGGGAGGGAUGCCAGGGCUGGAGGCAGGUUCUCCCGGGGGCUGCUCAGUGGUGUGCGAUGCUAGAGGAGGGUUCCAGGCCUUGGUCCAACUUGGCCACUACCUCCCGGGGUGACCGCAGUCAAGACCCUGCUCCUUUCUGCGAGCUGGUUUCGCACUCUUAUCUGAUGCAACGCGCCGAGAGCUGCUAGGGAAUGAUAUCACUAACCCAGAGCUUUGGGACUUAGGGGUAGAAGACAUGUGCCAAGGAGGGGCGUGUAGUCACCGUUAAGACGGGGCCUUCGAUCAGAAUUUUGAUUUUUCACCUCCGCCACUUUCUACCUAAGAGAUGGGGAGUGACCUAAGCGAGGUUAAACAGCUAGUUAGCAGCAGACACGGCACUAGAGCCUAAGCCUGCCGUCCCAGCUUCGGUGCCUAUCAUUCCCACUGUGUUGGGGACACCAGGCUGUGCCCAUGUGGUGAGCAGCAUCGUUCAGCAUGAUCAAGUGUGAUCUACCAUGCAUUGUCUCAGAAAGAGGCGAAAGACUCUGAUGUCCAGGUCAGUUCUUGGCAGGAGGUCCAGGAGCAACAGAGCCUCCAGGAGCACAGCGGGCCGAGGCCUUCGUGAGGGCCUUCCUGAAGCGCAGCACACCCGGCAUGAGCCCGCAGGCCCGCGAGGACCAGUUGCAGCGCAAGGCCGUGGUUCUGGAGUACUUCACCCGCCACAAGCGCAAGGAGAAGAAGAAGAAAGCCAAAGGCCUCUCUGCCAGGCAAAGGAGGGAGCUGCGGCUCUUUUAUAUUAAACCAGAGCAGCAGAGAUACAGUCUUUUCCUCCCUCUCCAUGAACUCUGGAAACAGUACAUCAGGGACCUGUGCAAUGGACUAAAGCCAGACACGCAGCCACAGAUGAUUCAGGCCAAGCUGUUAAAGGCAGAUCUUCACGGGGCUAUUAUUUCAGUGACAAAAUCCAAAUGCCCCUCUUAUGUGGGUAUUACAGGAAUCCUUCUACAGGAAACAAAGCACAUUUUCAAAAUUAUCACCAAAGAAGACCGCCUGAAAGUUAUCCCCAAGCUAAACUGCGUGUUCACUGUGGAAAUCGAUGGCUUUAUUUCCUACAUUUACGGGAGCAAAUUCCAGCUUCGGUCAAGUGAACGGUCUGCGAAGAAGUUCAAAGCGAAGGGAACGAUUGACCUGUGAAUUCUUUGCCAUCUAACGCAGUUGUCUAUGACAGCUGAAAACUGGACACUCCUAAAUGCCAACCUUUCAGUGAAGAGACGGUUAAGCCAAUUCUGUUUAUAGACCACCUCCAGCCAGUGACGUUCUGAGUUGAGGAUGCUCAACAAUAUGGGAAGGUCGCGGUGUACCGAGUGAAGAAGUCAGGGGACAGAGGAAUUUCUCUUCCUAGGAGAUCUUCAUUUUGUGUGACUCCCAUGGAAAGGAACAGACUGGCAGGAAGCACACCAGGGUUAACGCUGGUUGACUUGACUAGUAUCACUCGAUUUUAAAAAAUACUUUUCC